AAUCACGUGCAGGGAGAGCGCUGAGCGUCAUGCCUCUGCUGUAGCAGAGCUCCGUGCUACAUGUUGUCAUCUGCCUCCAGUUGUCGCUGCACUUUGUUUUGACAGCUGCUUGUUUAUUUUUUUUCUUUUCUCGCACCCCGUUCCCCCGAAGAAUGAGCGAAAACGAUGACAUCGACGUGGACAGCGAUGCAGACAAGCGAGCACAUCACAACGCGCUGGAGCGCAAACGCAGGGACCACAUUAAAGACAGCUUUCACAGUUUACGAGAUUCUGUGCCUGAAUUGCAAGGGGAGAAGAGCUCUGUUAAACAGGCCUCCCGAGCACAGAUUCUAGACAAAGCUACCGAGUACAUCCAGUACAUGAGGCGGAAAAACCAUACCCACCAGCAAGACAUCGAUGACUUGAAGAAGCAGAACGUUCUGCUGGAGCAGCAGGUUCGAGCACUGGAGAAGGCCAAGGGGAACACUCAGCUCCAGACCAGCUACUCCUCCGACAGCAGCAUGUAUACAAACCGCAAAGGGAGCGCAGUGUCCGCCUUCGACGGCGGCUCUGACUCCAGCUCUGAAUCGGAGCCAGACGAGCCGCCCAACCGAAAGAAGCUGCGCGCUGAGCCCAGCUAGGUUCUCCGCACUGACCGUCUUUACCCACCAGCCCUGACUCCUCUUACCUGUCCGCACUUAGUCCUGCCUUCUUACGUUAGUCCAGGAGACAAGUGGAGACUGAGUGAGAGAGGUGCUAUCAUGUAUAAAACGCUUCUACCUUUCUUUUUCCACCCGGCAAUCAUCCCGUCACUCCUCUUGUGAGACCCCCAGAGUGAGGCAGCUGUGCAGUUUUGAAGGAAUUGACGCUUUUCGACCCUCGUGAUCACUGUUCUUAAUCUACUGUGGAGAAGACGAGGGACAAGGCUUCAGUAAAGCUUCAAAAAACCGCAACUUUCCUUUCGUUUGGUUGUUUUUAACAUCCACUGCAACCUUGGGGAGGACUCAUCAAACUUUAAGCCCUUAAGAAAAUGUUUAUUCGGGAUAGUUUACCUUUUUAAUAUUAGUACUUUUCCAGAAAAAGAAUGUGAAAAAAAUGUACAGUUUGCAAGAUGCAAACCCCCCCUUCAUCUUCAGUGUGGGUGACUGAAGUUUUUGUCUUUGAAAAUGUUUGUGUAAUCAAAUGAAUCCCUCUAUUUAUAGUGAUGCACCAAAAUUUAUUUCUUACCCUCAUAUAUAUUUAUAUGUCUGAUCUCCUUUAUGUUUGGCUUGAGAUUUUCCAGACAACACAAUAGGACGAACAAGUUGACCUGUUGUUUUAGUGGAUUUUUUCAGGUUCAAAAAUGUAUUUCCCUCUAUUUUUAUUGUUAAAUAAAAUGUGGGUAUUUAAAAAAUCCCCUAAUGGAUACUGAAUGUUACACAAUGCAGUUAAAGGGCAGUGAUCCUUAUUUUUGUUAGUCCAUGUCAGUGUGUAGUAUAAUACACUCUAUAUUCUUAAAUGGUGUCAGUUCUGCAAAAGAAAAGCCUUCCCUCGAAAUAUUUGCCUGUGCCGGGAACGUGUAUCCUUCUCUCUCUCUUUUUUCCUUUUUGCAGAGGUAAAUUAGUGUGUAUGUAUGUAAUCAAUAUUUGUUUGGUCCAUUCCAUGCAAAUUACAGGUAUGUUGUACAUACUGCCAAUGGUUGUCUUGCAAGUUAAGGCAAACCUUUUAUGAAACUAUAAAUAAAACUAUUUUAUCCUUUUGGGAGAUA